AUGGACAAUUAUCCAAACACAUCGUUAUCAAUAUCAAAUCUAGAUAGCAUUACAAAUUUAGAAAAUAAACCAAUAAGAUUAAUCAAUAAUACUGUUAAUUUAUUUGAAAUUGAAGAAUUAAAUGAAAAUCAAACGUUAAACGAAGACCUAAAAACCAAAGGACAGAAUGGUAAUGAAUCGGAAUUUUAUAAAUUAAUGAAUCUAAAUGAAGAUGGAAAUUCUUCUGACUACUACACAGAAGAACCUUGUGUUGGUGAUCCAGAUUUUUGCAAUAUGGACAGAGAAGAAUAUAUACAAAUGUUGAACGAUUACAUAUUUCCUCAACCUUACGAAUGGGUUUUGAUAGCUACUCAUGCUAUUGUGUUUGUGAUUGGACUAAUAGGAAAUGCGUUAGUGUGUAUAGCAGUGUACAGAAACCAUUCAAUGAGGACGGUAACGAACUAUUUCAUUGUGAACCUUGCUGUGGCAGACUUCAUGGUAAUUUUGAUCUGCUUGCCACCAACUGUGUUGUGGGAUGUUACCAAGACUUGGUUCUUCGGAACAGCAAUGUGCAAAAUCGUGCUCUACUUUCAGUCGGUGUCGGUAACGGUGUCGGUGCUAACUCUCACGUUCAUAUCGGUGGACCGCUGGUACGCAAUCUGCUUUCCACUGAAGUUCAAAUCCACCACGAGCCGCGCCAAGACCGCCAUUCUCAUAAUAUGGCUCUUGUCUUUACUUUUCAAUGUCCCCGAGUUCGUGGUGCUGCAGGUGCAGAGGAAGGUGCAGUUGCGUUUCAACGUGCAAUAUUUUAUGCAGUGCACGUCGACCUGGUCUGUUGACAGCGACCUCAAGUGGCAUAUCAUUAAAGCGUUGUUUCUUUACACGUUUCCUUUACUGCUUAUGAUGAUAGCGUAUUGCCAGAUUGUGAGGGUACUGUGGAGAUCAGAUAACAUACCCGGACAUACGGAGUCGCAUACACUGUGCUCAUCACAACAGGGCCAUAACAAUUACAGUCAAAGAAAGUCGCUGUUCUUAGGGCUGGCUGCGAACCGUCGAACAACGCCUUCCAUACACACCAACGCGUCCACGGAAGGGCAGCUACGUUCUAGGAGGAAGGCAGCUAAGAUGCUGGUAGCUGUGGUCGCCAUGUUUGCCGUAUGCUACUUCCCGGUACAUUUGCUAUCUGUGUUAAGGGUCGCUUACGACGUGCAACAAAGCGAUGUGAUGACUUGUAUCGCUCUCAUCAGCCACGUGCUGUGCUACGCCAACUCCGCCGUCAACCCUCUUAUUUACAACUUCAUGAGUGGUAAAUUCCGUCGAGAAUUCCACAGGUCCUACUUCAAAUGCUUCUGCUGCUGUCUCUCUACACCAUCCCCGGACCAAAACGGCACAUCUUUCGCUCCAAUCGGGAGCUCCAGAGCAGGAACCACAAGAACUGUCGUCCGCCGUAACGAUUCGUACGUCAGUUAUCGAUUGGCACAUUUGUCUCCAUCCAAUCAUAAUAUUCACAGAGACUAUAUCAGGAAUACUAACACCUCGUUCAUUGAACAAAUGAAUGGUAACCGAAGACCGAAGGUGAGAGACGAUUCCAUCAGUGAAUCUGCAACUAGAUUCACUCUAGCAGCUGAUGGAUGCAGAGAUUGA